AUGGAACCUAUAUAUAUUCAAAGCGAUAGUGAUAAUACAAACACUGAUAAUUAUAAACCUACUAUCAAUUAUGUAUCCAAUGAAAAUUAUGAAUCAAACGAUAAUGAAUCUAUUUAUAACGGGUCAGAUAUGGAAAUUCCAGUCGCUAAUACAACAGAAUCAAAUUCAUAUUCACCUUUUGAUGAUUAUAAAGUUAUUUCUACUCAACACAAUAAUAUAAACUCUAACUAUGAUGAUGAUUCAUCAAUUACUUUAAUUUUUGAAAGUCUAAGAGUUGAAGAAAUUAGAUAUUCUGCUUUGCCAAUAGAAUAUCCGCCUACUUCAGAACAAGGCAUUGCAAUUGUAUUUAAUGUAGAGUCUUGA